AUGGGCUGUGUUCACUCUUCUAAAUACAAAGAAACAUCGUGCGAAAAGGUUGAUACAUACCAAACGCAGCUUAAAUUGGCGCAGGUUCCUCGCGGUGAUUUGACGGAAAAUGAGAUACUGAUUGUAAAAUCAACAUGGAAUUAUAUGACAACGGACCUUUCUGGGAACGGUCUUCAAGUGUUUCUUAAGAUAUUUGAACUAUGUCCUGAGGUAAAGAAGCUAUUUCAUGUGGACAAUGUUCGGCUUUCGGAAGUUGCAAGGAAUGAGGCGAUCAAGGCGCACGGGGCGAGAUUUUUGAAUGCUAUAGGCGCUGCUGUAAACAGUCUACAUGAAAGUUGUGUGGAGAGAGAUAAGUUCAGGGAAGUCUUGUUUGCUCUUGGACAACAACAUAAACGCCAUUCUGGAUUUAAACCGGAAUAUUUUGAAAUAUUUUACACAGCGCUUAUGUGGCGUUGGGAAAUAUGUUUGGGAGAAAAGUUUACUCAGGAAGUUUCGGACACUUGGAGUCACGUGUUUGUUUACAUGAUGGAAACACUCAAAGAAGGAUGUUUCUCAAAAGAAGUUAAUAUUUGUAUCUAUUAA